AGUACCCCCCACUCUCACCUCCUCAUUUUCCUUCCCAAUAAGAGAGAGAAGAUGUCGUUGCAGAAAAGAAAACACUAUAAGAUAGAGAGCUGCAAGCAAAGUAGUGAAGUUCAAGUCUCCACGCAGCUUCUUUUAAUAUAACACAACUUUCUCAGCUUUUCUUUAUCACUUUUUUCUUUUCUUUUCUUUUAACAAUGUCUUGCUCGCUCUAUCCUCAAUCUCAGCUCUGAAAAAAAAAACCCUCUUAGACUCACUAUGGAGUUCGAUCUUGAAAACCCAUUGACUAAUUUGCAUGAAUCCCGCUCCGACACAAUCACUUCUCUCUUCCACAUUGAAUCUGAUCACAUGCCAUUAGAAAACUACUUGCAGAGUCUCCAAACCAAAGGUUUUGAUAUCUCUGUUCGGCGAGAAGCUAUCUCUGAAAUUUCAAAGUUCUCUUGCACCUUCGAUCCGUUCUUAUCGUACCUUGCCGUCAAUUAUCUUGAUCGGUUCCUGUCUAGCCAAGGGAUGCUGCAACCAAAGCCUUGGGUCCUAAGGCUUCUUGCAAUCUCCUGCGUUUCUCUAGCUGCCAAGAUGAAGGAAACAGAGUGUUCUCUCGUUGAUUUUCAGGGUGAUGGAGGCUUUAUUUUUGACUCACAAACAAUAGAGAGAAUGGAAGCCCUCAUAUUGGGUGCUCUAAAAUGGCGAAUGCGCUCAAUCACUCCCUUUUCUUUCAUUUCUUAUUUCAUAUCCUUUUUCAAACUUAGAGACCCACCAUUGAGGCACUCUCUCAAAGCUCGAGCCACUGAAAUCAUAUUCAAAGCUCAAAAUGAGAUUAAGCUUUUGGAGUUCAGGCCUUCAAUAAUUGCUGCAUCAGCGCUUCUUUCUGCUGCUCAUGAAUUGCUACCCUUGCAAUAUCCCUGCUUUAGAAAAGCAAUAUUCUGUUGUUCAUAUGUAAAUAAAGAAAACUUGUUGCAAUGCUACAAUGCAAUGCAAGAAAUAGUGAUAGAUGAGUACGAGUCAGUGUUCGAUAUGGUAUCGAGCUCAGGGACACCAGUUAAUGUUUUGGAUCAGCACUUUUCAAGCUCCGAAUUAAGUGGAAAGACUAAUGGCAAUAUCACUACCAAUACAAUUAGAGCAGAGAGGGACAUGAAGAGGAGAAAGAUCAUUGAUCACUAUGACAAUCUCACUGUCCAGAUUUCUCGGAUUCAACAAUGCUGAUGAGCCUGAUUCUACAGCUAAAUCACUGAUCCAGUUGAGAGUAAGAGUACCUGCUUCUAGUAAGAAAGAUAAAAUGAAUAAAAUAAGAAGAAAAGAGGAGAGAUGGGUGAAAAAGACGUUGAUCUGUCAUGGGCAAAAUCACUGUUUCAUUAUCUCUGCAUGGCCCAUUUCUUUGGCUGAAACUGAUGUGGAAAGAAAGGGGAGAAUUUUUGUUUUGCAUUUGUUUUUCCUAGGGACCAAACGAAAGACAAAACAGAACUUUGAAUUGUAGGGUUGAAGUUUGCGUUUC